AAUAAAAUUAACAAACACAAAUUACAUUAAAAAAAUAACAUGCUUGAGGGCUGGUACUGUCGAUCCCUUGCCAAUCAAGAGGAGGGAGCUGUUAAGGACGAGCCUCAUCAGCAGGAGAGCGAUGAGGAACAGCCCGCGCGGAACAUUGGCCAUGCGAACGCCAGGGGAGCACCAGAAAGUUCAUCUUCAGCGUCUGCAGGAACGGGGAAUAAUGCGAGUGCCGUAGAUUACAAGGAUCGUUACAAGAACUUGAAGCGAAAACUGAAGUUUCUCAUUUAUGAAAACGAGUACUUUCAGGAUUUGCUGCAGACGAAUCAGCGGCGCUUACUAAAGGUGUCUCGAGACCGUACUUUCCUUCUUGAUCGUUUGCUGCUGUACGAGCACCCCGCCAAGGACUCAAGUGACAGCGAGGCCACAGACAGCUCCGAUUCAGAAACUGAACAAGCCACGCCAUCCACGUCCACAGCAGCUGGAGGCUCGCAGACACCGAAGGAGACCAUUCGAAAAAAGCACAAAGAAAAGGGAGCAUCCGUUGCAACUGCAACUCCGCCUCACCUGCCAACGGUUGGUGCCACGCGUGGGCGCAGACGCAAAGUUUUGACUGGAGCACUGUCCUCAAACCACGGACAUCAGGCAGCCGGGAAACGGCAGCUGACGGCCACAGUACCUCCUUCUCAACAGCCGCUACUUUCAGCUGUCUCCCUAAGCACAGCUGAAAUCACGCGUCAGUUGCAAGAGCGACGUCCGACGCCAAUAGAACUUAUGAGCCCAGAGUGUACUUCGGCCACUGUUCCCACAACAAUGCUCAGCGAUGAAAGCCCAUCUAAAUGCUAUCCCAAUGAAAGCUUGCACCAUCUGAUGGAGGACGACUCACAUUCACAAGAGGUAGCCGCUGAAGAGUGCGUUGCAAUGGAGUACACCACUUAAUCUAAAAAUACACAUAGAUAGCUAUUGAUCAUUUCUACUAGUUGUCUUCAUCUUAAUCAAUUAAACUUAUUAGUACCACA